AUGAAGCUCACUGGUGUUCUCGUGAUGUUUGGGGCUGUCCUGCUCCUGACCUCUGGGGGAAAUUGUGGCAUUUGCCCUGCUUUGAAGGAGGAGCUUGCUCUUUUUCUUGGCCCAUCUGUGCCUGACUAUGUGGAUUUCGUGAGCCAGUACAGGAAUGACUCUGCCACAUUGGAAGUUGCUGAAAAUCUGAAGAUAUGUGCUGAUAACAAGCUCACAGAGGAAGACAAGGCGAAUGCACAGAGUUUGGUGAACUGGUGGGAUUGUCAACAACCCAGCUGCAUGUCUCUGAGGUCAUCAUGUGACAGCAAUCAGUUCAUUGUGGGGCCACAGCUGCCUUCAGGCUCACCUAGUGCCCUGCCAGACCCUCCCCAGCUGCUUCUCCAUUCUGCCCCACAUGUGCCCAUGGUGUCUCAAAGACAGUUGGCCCUUCCAUCAGGCUGGAUUGGAGGCUGUUUACAAAGCUUGUCCUGA